AUGUCGGACUUUGCGAGCUUGACGGGCAGGUUUCGAGCCUAUAAGGAUACUCUACAGUCGUUUGUUAAACAGCUGAUGCAAAAGCAAAAUCAACCGUCGACCCAGUCCGUCAACGAUGCGGUGCCGACGCUGUCGGGGUUGUCACUGGAACCAACCCCUGCCCCAAUAGGAACUGUUGACCAGGCUGAUCAACGUGACCAAAUCGACGGGGAGCCAAGGCCGUUUUUGGGCCGUAGGACGGAUGUCGAAGAAGAGGCAGGAGAAACCGAAAGACUACGAGAAGGUCGAGCAGAGGAUCCCCUAGCGGUAUCAUUGUCAUCAGGUGGCGAAGUUAUAUUUGGAGCGUCGCACAACUACUCCCUGCAACAAAUCGUUUCCCACCACUUGCCUCCACGACUCGAGGUCGACCGCCUCCUCGCCAUCUACUUCCAAGGCGAAACGUACAUUGUCCCGUUCAUCCAUACAUACCAUUUCCAACGACAAUACCGAGAGUUUUGGGCCGACACCGCCAAUGUCAAUCCUCUCUGGUUGUCGAUGUUGUUCUCUAUCUGCUGUAUGGCGUCCGUGAUCAGGGGAGCAACGAGCCCUUAUCAAACGACUCCGAAUGACUGGGUCAGCGAGAGUUCUCACUUGCAUGCUGCCGCCGGACAAUGCCUUGUUCUCGGGGAAUACCAUCGUCGACAGCAAUUCGUGGUCGAGGCGCUUGCAAUGUAUGCCCACUGCAAGAAUUUCCAGAGUCUGGAUCCGUCUCGAGAAGCUGGAGCCAUCCUCGGUAUGGUCGUGCGCAUGGCGUACGAGAUGGGCUACCAUCGAGAUCCAGACUCGUUUGGAUCCUUCACGAUAUUCGAAGGUGAAAUGCGCCGACGAUGUUGGGCCGCGUGCAAACAGAUGGACCUGAUGAUCUCGUUCCAACUCGGCCUACCUAGCAAUAUUUGUCUGGAAGACUGUGACACCAAAUCCCCUCGCAACCUUUCCGACGUCGACUUCAGCGCCGAGACAGAGGUGCUUCCUGCGUCUCGAUCCGAAAAUGAAGCUACACGACUCCUCUGGUUCAUUGUCAAAGACAGGCAAAUGACCAGUUUCAGCUACGUGUGCAAAGACGCUCUUUCAUUCCAUGAAAAGUCUGAAAUAGAGAUAAUCCAGCUGGACGAAGAAAUCCGACGCAUGUACGCAAUGGUGCCUGAUGUUCUGCGAACUCGUCCCGUUUCCGAGUCGAUCGCCGACGACCCAUUCCUCAUCAUGACCAGACUGUACGUCGAAUUCAUUUAUCUGAAAAGCCUCUGUGUCUUGCAUCGCAAGUACAUGGCUCGAGGGCACGAUUUCAGUACCAAGUCCUGUGUUGAGGCUGGAAAACGACUCGUGAGUCAGUUUAUUGACAUGUACAAGGAAUUCUCACCGGGAGGUCAACUGUGGACGGAGCGGUGGAUGUUGAGCAGCUUCACCAUGAAUGAUUUCCUUCUCGGCGUCAUGGUGUUUUGCCUCGUUGUUCAUUCUCGUCGCAAGAGAGGCGCCAGGCAUUCCCUCAUCGAUUCCGCCACAGAGAGGGAUGUCCUCCCCUUACUCGAGCAGUCGCACGCUAUAUGUGUGGAGAAAUCCAAGGCCAGCAGAGGUGCUUGA